AUGGUUCUCCAUCAGUUUGAUUAUCUGUUUGCCAUUGGCACCAUCUUCGCCUUCCUUGAUGCAUGGAACAUCGGUGCCAACGAUGUCGCCAACUCCUGGGCGACAUCCGUCUCGUCUCGCUCGUUGAAGUACUGGCAGGCCAUGGUGUUGGCUUCGAUCAUGGAGUUCGGUGGAAGUAUUGGUGUUGGUGCCCGUGUCGCAGAUACCAUCCGGACAAAAAUCGUCGAUGUUAAGCAGUUCAGCGAUAACCCGGCCCUUCUUAUGCUGGGUAUGGUCUGCGCUAUCACUGCCUCCUCCAUUUAUCUCACCGUCGCUACUCGUCUCGGUUUACCGGUCUCAACCACACACUCGAUCAUGGGUGGUGUCAUUGGUAUGGGUAUCGCCGCUCUUGGUGCCGACGGCAUCAAAUGGUGGGGAGGAGACAUCAACUCGGGUGUUGUCCAGAUUUUUCUCGCCUGGAUCAUUGCGCCUGCUCUCAGGAUCACGCUGAAUGAUGCCGAGACUGCCGGUGUGAUCGUCGGCGUCGGCGCCGCCGUCGCUCUGGUGAUCGCCGCCUUUUUCCUUCCCUGGUUGCAUCGCAAAGUCAUCAAGGGUGACUGGGAGCUGCAGUGGUGGCACGUCUUCCAGGGCCCUCUGGUCCUGCGCCGCGGCGAGGUUCCUCCCGCCCCUGCAGGCCACCAGAACAUCCAAAACUUCUACGAAGGCCACAAGACGCUGGAGGAGCUGGAGCGCGAGCGUGCAGAUCCCCACAGAGCCACACCCUCCGAUGAGGAAAGCGAGGCUGGUAAGCGUGGAGCUGAGAAGGAGAAUGGCGUCCUCGCUGCCUCGACUGAGGUCAACGAGCAGAAGUCCACUCUCAUCGGGCCUCGUCCCGAAGGUGCAGCGCUCCACCCUGCUGUGCUCUUCUGGCAGUUCCGUCGCUUCUUCUUCCGCGGUAUUGAACAGGACGUUGUCAGCCUGCAGAAGAAGCGGAAUAUUUUGACCGGCGACCUGGAGAUGGUCCACGCCCACGCCAGGCACUACGACAACAAGGCCGAGUAUAUGUACUCCUUCCUGCAGAUCAUGACUGCUGCUACGGCUUCUUUCACCCACGGCGCCAACGACGUUUCUAACGCUGUUGGCCCCUAUGCCACCAUCUACUAUGUCUGGUCCACGAAUGACCUCAAGUCCAAGAGCCCUGUUCCCUACUGGAUUCUUGCUUUCGGAGGUGCCGCCAUUGUCAUUGGUCUGUGGACCUACGGCUACAACAUCAUGCGCAACCUGGGCAACAGAAUCACCCUCCACUCCCCAUCGCGUGGUUUCUCCAUGGAGCUCGGCUCCGCCAUCACUAUCAUCAUGGCCACCCGCCUAAAGCUCCCCAUUUCCACCACCCAGUGUAUCUCCGGCGCCACUGUUGGUGUUGGCCUGUGCAAUGGCACCUGGCGCACAAUCAACUGGCGCAUGAUCGCCUGGAUCUGCUUCGGCUGGUUCAUUACCCUCCCCGUCACUGGUAUCAUCUCCGGAUGUCUGAUGGGUAUCAUCAUUAAUGCUCCUCGCUGGGGCUUGACUUAUUAG